GUUUCAGUUAGCGAACAAUGAGUUCUAAGUUGGUUAAUGCUAAAGUCUUCAUGGACAUAGUGAUUUCUGCAGCUAAAAAGGCACCCGUAAAAGGUCGCGUAGUAAUGGAGUUAUACGCCGACAAGGUGCCCAAAACAACGGAAAACUUCCGCGCACUCUGUACAGGUGAAAAAGGAUUCGGCUACAAAGGAAGUCAUUUUCACCGGAUUAUUCCAAAGUUUAUGUGCCAAGGAGGAGAUUUUACAGCCGGAAAUGGAACUGGCGGGAAAAGUAUAUAUGGGUCAAAAUUUGAGGAUGAAAACUUCGCGUGCAAGCAUACUAAGGUGGGGAUCCUCUCAAUGGCAAAUUCAGGUCCCAACACGAACGGCAGCCAGUUCUUCAUCACCACAGCUGUGACGUCAUGGCUGGAUGGGAGACACGUGGUGUUCGGAGAAGUGACCGAGGGCUACGAUCACGUGCAGCUGAUGGAGAGUGUGGGAAGCAGCACUGGUCAGCCAAGUUCCAAAGUGUUCAUCGAAGACUGCGGAGAAGUGGGAAGCGGAAAUAAAGAGUGAACGAAAUACGUCGAUUCUUGAAUAAACGUGAUUUGUGGAAGUUUUAUCAAAUACUUUAACGCAUUUUUCUGUUUUUAA